UUCUUCAACCAUCGUCGCUCUCGCUCUGCAAAUCAAUGGAUUUUGCACACUGAAGGCCAGCUUCUGAAAACCCUAAUUUCUUCUUUGAUUGAUACGGUUCGGAUUGGGCCAUAACAAUCUUCUAAUUUCACCAAUCAGUGGAGAUAAAUGGAGUCAGACGAAGACGAUUUUGUUUUCUUCGGAACGCCGAUAGAGCGCGAGGAAGAGUUAACCAGCCGCAAAAAGAAGGCUAUUGCCGAGUCCUCCGGUAACCUCCGAACCCUCCCUGCUUGGAAGCAAGAGGUUAGAGAUGAUGAAGGGCGGAGAAGAUUCCAUGGAGCAUUUACUGGAGGUUUUUCUGCUGGUUAUUAUAAUACUGUGGGCACAAAGGAAGGGUGGGCACCUCAGUCUUUUAAAUCAUCCAGGAAGAGCAGAGCUGAAUUCAAAGAGCAGAACAUUUUGAAUUUUCUAGACGAAGAUGAGAAAGCUGAAUUGGAAGGUCAGUUUUUGGGGACAUCUUCUCAGUUUGACACAUUUGGUUUUACAGCUGCUGAAAUUGCUCGCAAACAAGCUGAGAAGGAACAGAAACAAAGGCCAUCCAUAAUUCCUGGACCUGCUCCUGAUGAAAUAGUUAUUCCAGCCACAGAGUCUGUUGGGGUAAAAUUGCUCUUGAAGAUGGGGUGGAGUCGUGGUCGCUCAAUCAAGGAUUCUCAUGCUGAUGCACUCUAUGAUGCCAGAAGACAGGCUCGGAGAGCUUUCUUAGCAUUUUCUUCAGAUGAUCCAAAAACGAAAAUUACCGAGUCUGAGCCUAUCAAGGGUGAUAUUGAAAAUUUUACUCAGCAGCCUUUGAAUGAUGAUGUUCCAUCUUCUAAGAGCACACCGGUUUAUGUACUCAACCCAAAGCAAGACCUGUAUGGAUUAGGUUUUGAUCCUUAUAAGCAUGCUCCUGAGUUUAGAGAGAAAAAAAGAUCACGUUUAUCCAGCAAGAUGGGACCUGGGUAUAGCAAAAACUUUUCUUCAAGAGAUAGUCUUUUUGGUUUGAAGUCAGGAAAGGCUACCCCUGGUUUCGGCAUUGGAGCACUUGAGGAACUUGAUACUGAGGAUGAGGAUGUCUAUGCCACUGGUUACGAAUUCGAAGAUGCCUACGUUCAAGAAGUUGAGGAACCUUCAACGUUGAGCUUGGAAUAUCCGAAAAAGAAAGAUCAGAAGGACCAGGGUAAUCUGCCUGGUUUUAGAGUUGCAUCCAAUUCUGACUAUAAAAUGGAAAGAUUUGAGCCUCCUCUGAUUCCCAAUGAUUUUGUGCCCCGCCAUGCAUUUUCUGGACCUCUUGAGAUUAGCCGCAAGAACUAUGAGGUCCCUCCACCGGAUGUUCAUCCUCCUGAGGAUAGCAACUUAAAACUAUUAAUUGAGGGGGUUGCAAAUCUGGUAGCUAAAUGUGGUAAAGUAUACGAGGAUCUAUCUCGAGAAAAGAAUAAAUCGAAUCCGUUGUUUAAUUUUCUUUCUGGAGGAACUGGCCACGAUUAUUAUGCAAGGAAACUGUGGGAGGCACAACAGAAAUGCAAUGAUCAAACUAGGCGACAGUUGGAUGGAAAAAUGCCUCCAGGUGUGCAGAAGCUGACAGCUGAAAGCCGAGGCCAGAUCCUAGGGGAAAAUCCUCUAGAAAGAAGCUCCCAAGAUCCAUCCUCAUUGGUUGUUUCUACAGAUGUUCAUCUUCAGUAUAAUCUCACAGAUACAUUUACUAUGUCUGCAUCAUUUAGUGAGUUGCCAGAUGUUGAAAAGCCUUUCAAAGAUGAUCCUGCAAAGCAAGCAAGAUUUGAGCAGUUUCUCAAGGAGAAGUAUGAAGGGGGAUUACGCACUACAAUUUCUAGUUUAGCUAGUGAUAUGUCAGAAGCUGCUCGUGCUCGGGAGAGACUAUAUUUUGAGGCUGCAGCUGAGGCAAUACAAAAGAGAAAACAGGGCAGUGGAAGCAAGCCUUUGAUUCCAUCUUCCAUGGAUUUCACCACAGGUGGUGUUAUGCAGUUUACUUCUGGUUCAGUAGAGCCAAAGAAGGACCUGCAAACUGAAGAUUUCAUGGUGAAGAAAAUGUUUCCUAAGAGGGAAGAGUUUCAAUGGCGUCCUUCACCUCUUCUCUGCAAACGCUUUGAUCUCACCGAUCCUUAUAUGGGGAAGCCUGCGCCUGCUCCACGGAUUAGGAGUAAGAUGGAUUCAUUAAUUUUUACAUCAGAUUCAGUCAAAGGUGCCAAAGUGGAAGAGCUUGUUAACGCGAAGAAAGACAUAUUACCUUUGCAACAAUCUGCUAAUAAAGACAUAACCAAAAGUAUUGCUGAAAAUGAAACUGAAGGGGAUGUGGAAGUUGAAAAUAUUGAAAGACCGGUUGACCUAUACAAGGCUAUUUUCUCUGAUGAUUCAGAAGAUGAAGGGGAAGACCCUAAUUUUAAGAGAGUGGAGAAUCAAGAAAAGAAAGCUGAAGUAGCUAAUACAGCAUUGAGCCGUUUGAUUGCUGGUGACUUUCUGGAAUCAUUGGGCAGGGAACUAGGGCUUGAGGUUCCUCCUGAUGCACCUUACCCUACACAAAAGUCCAGGAGUGCUGCUCCUCAGAAAGAAAUUAAUGAAAAUACAAGAACUGACAACAUGAAGGGUGAAAAUAACAGUGGGAUGUCAUUAAAUCAUGAUUUGCCAUAUGAUCAGUUCAUUGCUCAUGAAGGUGGACCCUCGAAAGGUGACACCAUUUAUGGAAAUGUGCUGGAUAAUAGUGGUAGUAGUAUCAAAACCAAGGGAACUAGUAUUACUGACAGUAAAUCGAGUAAGUCUAAUGGGGAGAAUUGUGGAGAUGACAGGAAAAUUAAAUCACCUUUAAUCCGAAGCCAAGACUAUAACAGCAGUUCAGAAGAGGAAAGGAGCAGAAAACGCUCCAGGCAUCAUCGACAUAGGAGGCAUAAUUCAUCCAGUGAUGAUGAAAGAGAUCGACACAGUUCAAGGUCAAAAGAGAGAAAAAAAGGGUCUUCUCGAGAAAAAAGCAGCGGAAGAAAAAAACACUCGAAACAUCACAAGCACAGAAGGCAUGAAUCUCCGAGUAGAUCGUCUCAUUAUAGCAUGGAGAAGGACAAUGCACAUUCUAAAAGAGAGAGAGAACGGAGGGAAUGAGCUGAGAGACCUGUUUCCUUUGUUUUCAAGAACUUCUUUGAAUUAUGUUGGAGGAUCAUUGCUGUAUGAAAAGGUUUUCUAGGUUUUGGGGUUGUGAUGCUGUGGUGCAGGCUAUGAAUUUCAUUUGCUUUGAGCUAAACUCAAGCCUCCUGUUGUAAUAGGUUGCUUUCUUCAUUGGUUUGAAGGAAUGCUGCGUAAUUCAUUUCCCUUACCCUUUUCUUUCAGAGAUGUAAGGAAAUGGAAUUGUUACCUGAUUAUCUGGAAUAUAACUUAAUUAGGAAGUUUUAAACCCCCACAAAAAAAAAAGAAACCCCGGUAAUAAGGGAGUUUAGGUAGUUCUUAGUUCUAAGGCUAGAGUAAUGUUUGUGAUUAAUUAAAACGUCAUAUCUAGAAGUAUAAGAGAUCAGAUGGAAUUCGAACACUGCAGAAUCCUAUAGGAUCAACACCUUGUUAGAGGAUUGGGAAUCGGCAUAACCCCAAUUAUUAAUUAGUAAAUGUCAUUUAUUUUAUUUACUUGAACAUUACUGGUGAUUCCAGAUACCAUUUUUCUUUUCGAACAUAAAGGCUUCUUGAGCGAGGUAAGCAAAAUUCUUGAAUUGAAAAAAAGAUAUUGUCUUGUGGCGGGAGAAAUAC